AGCAUCUUUAAUUGGCUGAUGUUUUGAUCAUAAGAAAUAAUGAAAGCUGACCUUAUUGAUCUCUAAACAAAAAACUACAAAACCUUCAAUUUGUCUCAAAACCUGUUCUGUAACCGGCAGCUGCCCAUUCGACACCUGCACGUCGCUCGAUCUCAACCAUCUCCACAAGUGAUGGAGUAAACCUCCUGGAAACUCCCAAACCCAAGAGAGAACAAGGACACGGUAGAAGGAGAAGGCGACCAGGGCAAACCGAGAAAGUAGAGGUUUCUUACUGUGAAAGGUGUCCAAGAUGAAUCCCACAAGCCAGUUCCUUGGCACAACAGAAUAUGACUAUGGAUAUGAUGAAAACACUGCUCCGUGCAAUGAAGGAAACAGCUUUCACAGGUUCAAAUCCCUCAUUCUGCCGAUCCUUUACUGCCUUGUGUUUGUCAUCGGCCUUCUGGGAAACUCCUUGGUCCUUUGGGUUCUCCUGACCAGGAAAAGGCUGAUGACAAUGACUGACAUCUGCCUGCUGAACCUCGCAGCCUCUGAUCUCCUCUUCAUUGUGCCUCUCCCUUUCCAAGCCCACUAUGCUUCAGACCAGUGGGUUUUUGGCAAUGCUAUGUGUAAGAUAAUGGCUGGCAUUUAUUACACAGGUUUUUAUAGCAGUAUUUUCUUUAUAACCUUCAUGAGCAUAGACAGGUAUAUAGCAAUUGUCCAUGCUGCCUAUGCCGUGAGGGUACGGACAGCCUCUUGUGGCAUAAUUAUCAGUUUAAUCCUGUGGCUGGUGGCUGGCUUGGCUUCUGUACCCAGUAUCAUGUUCAACCAGCAGCUGGAAAUUGAGCAGUCUCUGCAGUGUGUCUCCACAUACCUCCCAGGAGACAAUACUUGGAAGAUUGCUUCUCAGUUUUCAGCCAAUAUCUUAGGCCUCUUGAUUCCUCUUAGCAUCCUCAUUUGCUGCUACACCCAGAUACUGAAAAACCUGCAAAAAUGCAAAAAUCGGAACAAGACCAAGGCGAUCAAGAUGAUUUUCAUCAUCGUCAUUGUUUUCUUCCUCUUCUGGACUCCCUUCAACAUCGUGCUGUUCCUAGACUCUCUGCAGAGUCUGCACAUCAUCAAUGAUUGCAAGGUGAGCUACCAGAUAGCCCUGGCCCUGCAGCUGACGGAAACCAUCUCCUUCAUCCACUGCUGCCUGAACCCCGUGAUCUACGCCUUUGCUGGGGUGACAUUCAAGGCCCAUCUUAUAGGACUACUUCAGUCCUGUGUCCGUGUCCUCUCCUGCCCUGCCAGAGGUGCUGGGGCUGGUCAGUUGUUUUCAGUGCCCACCCAGCUCUCCAGCUGCUCUGACAGCGCAGGGUUAAUGUAAGCCCACCUGAGCUGCCUUGUUCUGGUGUGAGUAGCUGGCCUAAGGUCUGACGUGGCCCUGGAGGCUGUACCAUGUGUGCAGCAUGCUCUUGGGAGGACCAGUAUACCUAUAUCUCCUUGUGGGAUAUGCUGUGAACCACAGCACAGUAAUUGGCAACAUUAGUUUCCUAAGAGCACUGGCGUGUUUGUAAAAUGAUGACCUUACAAGCUUACCAUAGAAUGAUUUUUAAUUAAGUUUUAGAGCUCUUUUAACACAUUUCAGCAAGCAGGAUGCUUCCUCUAGUAUUUUUCUCCUCUGAUGAAAACAUCGCUUCUGCCUCGCCCUCAAAUGUGCUCUGCCUUGUGGAAGCUGUUCCACACCUGAAUCCCUACACCUCUGGAACAGAUGAGGGACACCCCUCCGGGAAGCGGGGAAAGAGACAGGCAUGGGAUUACUUCACAUUGCAAAGAAGGCACCACCUCAGCCACUGCCACCAUUCCCCCUUUGCUUCAGCUCCCGGAUAAAGAGGCUCCUGUGCUCAGGGCCCUGUUGCUUUGCUGUGGGACACUUCCAGGGUCACAGCCGGGGGGUCCCUGGAGCCGCUGCCACCCAAAGCAGCUUUUGGUGGUGAUGCCUUCAAAACCAGCAGAGCAACGCCUCCAGGUGCCCCCUAUGCUGGUCACUCGUAGAGGCCCAUACACUUGAAUAUGUCGUCAUCAAAGCAGCCCAGUAGGCUGCGUCACCACUGGAGGCGUGGGACCUCCAACUCUGUGCCCCCAGCGCUUGCUGCUAAA